CUGAAAUGUCAAAACAAAACUAAUUUUCAGGUUAGAAUUAUCAAUAUCAAGAAAUAUUGCUAUUUUAUUUAUUUUAUAACCCGUUAGAUCGUUUAUUAAACUAUAGUGCUUUUAAUUACUAAGAAAUCUAGGGAUAAUCUGUUGUAGUCUCUAUCUUAUAAGUUAGAAAACCUGCUUGAAAAACUUACAAAUGAACUUGAGACUUCUUUGAAACUCGGCAAAAGUAUUGAUAUCUAAGCAGAGACCAUGUACAGAAACAUACUUUUUCGAUGGUUACCUAUAAAAUCUGUGCAGAAAGAAUGUAUUCUAAAGCUUGUAAAUUACAAUAGACAUACUUUAGACAGUAACAAACUCUUGCAUCGACAAAUAUCGGUAUCUUCCAUUUAUUAUAAGAAGAAAAAAACCAAAGAAGAAAAGUCUGUGGAAAACCAUGGUGGAAGAGUGAUCAGAUAUGCUCCAAAGGCCGGCUCACAUGUGGUGGGCGUGUGGCGCAACAUGACUGUCCAGGAAAUUGCACAAGUCUUAGAGAAAGAUAUAGAUCACAUACUGGAUGCUUUGGAGUUUGCUGACAAAACAUCAGACAUUCAGUACAACAAGAACACAGUGAUUCACAAUCCACAGAUCAUCAGAGAUGUUGUCAAGAUAUGCGGCUGUCGGUCCAAAAUUGUCCCUAGACCUGACCAAGAAGUUGAAGAGGAAAUGAACAAAGACGCAGUGCCGGCACCCCCCGCCCCCGCCUCCGCUCUCCGCCCGCGGCCCCCUGUCGUAUGCGUCAUGGGCCACGUCGACCACGGCAAGACCACGCUACUAGAUGCACUGAGAGACACGGCCGUAGUGGAGACAGAGUUCGGAGGCAUCACACAGCAUAUUGGAGCUUUUCAGAUGAAGCUGCCCUCCGGCGAAGCGGUAACAUUCCUAGACACGCCGGGCCACGCGGCAUUCUCCGCGAUGCGGUCGCGCGGCGCGUUCGCCACCGACGUGGUGGUGCUGGUGGUGGCGGCGGACGACGGCGUCAUGGAACAGACCAAGGAAGCUGUGCGGAUGGCCAGGGAGGCUGAUGUUCCAAUAUUGGUGGCGGUCAACAAAAUCGACAAACCAGACGUGAACAUUAAACGCACAUUGCAAGAGCUAGCGCAAUGCGGCGUAGUCUGCGAGGAGAUGGGCGGUGAUGUCCAAGCGAUCCCGAUAUCAGCUCUCAAGAAGACUAAUCUAGAUACGCUGGUGGAAGCGUUGACGCUGCAAGCACAGUUGAUGGAGUUGAAGGCUGACCCCGGUGGUUAUGUUGAAGGGGUGGUCAUAGAGGCACAAGUUGACCCGAGGACUGGAAAGCAAGCCACAGUAUUAGUACAAAGAGGAACUCUACGAAGAGGGUCAGUGAUCGUAGCUGGCAACGGAUGGGCAAAGGUGCGCGUGAUAAACUCAGCCGAAGGUGUUCCCUUGCAAGAGGCGCCGCCGUCGACGCCCGCGGCGGUGCUGGGCUGGCGCGAGCUGCCCUCCGCCGGCGACCAGGUGCUGGAGGUGGCCUCCGAGAAACGCGCCAACGAAGUGAUGCGGUGGCGAGCCAACCAGAAAAUGAAGGAGAAACAAGCAGUGGACCUCGAGGCUAUCAAGGUUAAAGAAAGUGACCACAACACAGAGUACCGCGCCCGGUUGGACCACAAGCGCAGCAUCGGCCGCAUGCGCCUGCGCCCCACCGGCCCGCGCCAGAAGAUGAUCCAGCACGACACGCAUCCCACACUCAGCGUCAUUGUUAAAGGCGAUGUGGACGGGUCAGUAGAAGCGAUCCUAGACAUUCUGGAGACGUACGACGAGCACGACCGCGUCAGGCUGGACCUCGUUCACUUCGGAGUGGGGCAGGUCACGCCCAGCGAUCUCGAGGUCGCAGACGCGUUCAACGCAGUGAUAUACGCAUUUAACGUAGACUGCCCUCCGGCGGUGACGGUUGAAGCGAAGAAGAGUAAUAUUGCCAUCAAACACCACAACAUCAUCUACAAACUGAUCGACGACAUCAAGGAUGAGAUUAGCAUGAAGAUACCUAAGAAACAGGAGGAAGAAUUUGUGGGAGAGGCGAAUGUCCUACAGCAGUUUGUGGUGACGGAAGGCAAGAAGAAGGUCCCGGUGGCCGGCUGCCGCUGCAUGAAGGGAUCCCUCGCGAGGAACGCGCUCUACAGAGUUAUCAGGGGUCAGGAGGUGGUCCAUGAAGGAAAACUCGCAUCGAUGAAGCAUCUAAAAGACGAAGUGAACACGAUAAAGCGCGACAUGGAGUGCGGGCUCCGGUUCGAGGACACGAGCUUCGAGGUGAAGCCGGGCGACACGAUCGUGUGCUACAAGAUGGUGGACGCCAGCGAGAAGACCGACUGGGAUCCCGGGUUUUAAUGCUCCAUGUACAAAUGUAGAUAAAGUUAUAGUCUAGUGGAAA